AUGUCGAACAAGGAAAUCAAAAACAAUAUCAAAGUGCUUGCAGCCAACUCCCACCCGGAAUUGGCAAACCUUAUCUGCAAGAGGUUGAACGUGAAGCAGUCGGACAUCGAAGCCAUCCAGUUUGUUAACAAGGAGAGCACGGUCAUUGUGCGUGAAUCUUUAAGAGACGAGGAUGUUUACAUCAUCCAGACGGGGUGUGGAGGCUUUGAGAAGCUCAACGAUUACAUAAUGGAGCUUCUUUUGAUGGUACACGCAUGCACUCAAGCGUCGGCAAGAUCGAUCACGGCCGUCAUACCUAACUUUCCCUAUGCUAGACAGGACCGGAAGGACAAGAGCAGGGUGCCGAUCAGCGCCAAACUCAUUGCAAACCUCCUCACAACUUCCGGCUGUGACCAUGUCAUAACAAUGGACUUGCACGCUUCCCAAAUCCAGGGGUUUUUCAGCAUACCCGUUGACAACCUAUAUGCGGAGCCGAACGUGCUCAAAUGGAUCAAAGACAACUACAAGGACACAAACAACGUGAUGAUGGUGUCGCCUGACGCCGGUGGAGCCAAGAGAGUGGCAUCCUUGGCAGACAAGUUGGACACGCAGUUUGCGUUGAUACACAAGGAGAGAGCCAAGGCCAACGAGGUGAGUAGAAUGGUUUUAGUUGGUGACGUCAAGGGGAAGAGCUGUAUUUUAGUAGACGACAUGGCAGACACGUGCGGUACUCUCUGCAAGGCGUCGGACAUCCUUCUUGCAGAAGGUGCCAAGGAAGUCAUUGCCAUUGUCACCCACGGGAUUUUCAGCGGGAAUGCCAUCGAGAGGUUGAAUGGUAGCUCUUUGAAAAAGAUUGUCUGUACCAACUCCAUGCCAUUGAGCGAACACGUCAAGCAAUGUCCAAUAUUGGAGAUUGUAGACAUAAGUCCGAUUCUGGCAGAGGCCAUAAGAAGACUACACAACGGUGAAUCCAUAUCAUAUCUUUUCAAUAAUGUUGUGGUAUGA